AUGUUUUCAGUAGCAGCAAGACGGACAGCUCUGAGAGCUACCAGCGCUCUUCCCCCGGCCAAUUCCGUAUUCUCCAGCUCCUCGGCCCUCCGAAGGCUGCUGUCGUCGCUGGCAAUCCUCGAACAGCGAGAUGGCAAGCUAAACCACGGCUCCCUCAGCGCAAUUACCGCCGCACAGAAGUUAGGAGGCACAAUACACGGGUUCGUUGCUGGUGAAGGCAUCAAGGCCGUGGCGGAGGAGGCUGCCAAGGUUGCGGGUGUUGAGAAGAUUAUCGCAGUGGACAAUGCGGCUUACGAGAAGGGUCUCGCAGAAAACUAUGCUCCGCUACUCGUCGAGAACAUCAAGAAAGGCGGCUACACCCACAUCAUUGCUGGACACACAGCCUUUGGCAAGAACCUGAUGCCGCGCGUGGCCGCCCUACUGGAUUCCCAGCAAAUUUCAGACAUCACCGCCAUCGAGAGCGAGAACACAUUCGUCCGGCCCAUUUACGCCGGCAACGCCAUCGCUACCGUUGAGUCGUCGGACGCAAUCAAGUUCAUCACGAUCCGCGGAACGGCUUUUGCAGCGGCGGAAGUAGCUGGGGGCUCAGCGAUGGUCGAGGACGGUGUUGACCCCAAGGGCGAGCUCACCAGCGAAUGGGUGUCGGAGGAUCUGGCGAAGUCGGACCGUCCCGAUCUUGCGACGGCAAGCAAGGUCGUCUCGGGCGGUCGAGGACUGAAGUCCAAGGAGGAGUUUGAUCGGGUUAUGCUGACCCUGGCCGACUCGCUCGGUGCCGCCGUUGGAGCCUCUAGAGCCGCUGUAGAUAGCGGUUACGCUGAUAACAGUCUGCAAGUUGGGCAGACCGGUAAAGUGGUGGCUCCUCAAUUGUACAUGGCUGUGGGUAUCUCAGGUGCCAUCCAACAUUUGGCGGGUAUGAAGGACAGCAAGGUGAUUGCGGCGAUCAACAAGGAUGGCGACGCACCCAUAUUCCAGGUGGCUGAUGUAGGAUUAGUUGGGGAUUUAUUUGAAAAGGUUCCGGAGUUGACAGAGAAGCUCAAGUCAGCAUAG